GGCAGAGCACGAACUAUUAGCAACCGCCAGUGUGGUUCAGAUUCAGAAAAACAAAUUUUGGCUUCCAACAAUGAUCCUGGCCGCGGUUAUAAGAUUAAUUGAGAAUUAAUAAAUUAGCUAAUUGUUUGAACAGUUAUGUUGGCCAAGCACAGUGAGGUAGACAAAACUGUCUUUGUGGGAAAUUUACACAGUUCGGUGAAAGAGGAGAUUCUCUUCGAGCUGUUCCUGCAGGCAGGUCCACUGAAAAAGGUCACCAUCGCAAGGGACAGGGAGGGCCGCCAAAGGUCAUAUGGGUUUGUGUGUUACAAGCACCAAGAGGCAGUCCCCUACGCCAUUGCCCUUCUCAACGGCAUCAGGCUGUAUGGCCGUCCAAUCAGACUGCAGUACAGCUCUGGUAGCUCACACAGUGAUGGUGGGACAGGACCUAGUGACCCCCCAUUGGAGCCACACAGCGCUAACCCAGUUUUCCCAGAAUCCCCUGUGUUCCACUUUUCUGCCUUCCCUGACAACAGGGGCCUCUCUCAGGAUCCAAUGAACUGGAACACCAUGGUGGGUGGAUUUCCCCCCGAGCAGUUCCCUCUGAAUAUUUCUCCACCCCAGCCUCAGUGCUACCUCCCGCCCACGGCCUUCUCCCCCUCAGUACCUCCUCUACUCUGGCCCACUCUGGCUUUCCCCCUCUGGACUCAGCCACCUCCACUGCAACAGUCCCAGAAUCCCCAGAACCCCAGCUCCAGCCCCCUGGCGCUGCCCCCCAGCCCUCCCCCCGGGACAGAAAUGCAGGGAGGAGAUCACACGGAUGCUGCUGUGCCCAGCAGACUGCGCAAGCGUAGGAAGAACCGUGAACGCAGACGCAAGUCUGAGAAGCACAGGAGCAGAGAAAAAGCAGGCGGACAUGUACGUGCUCGCUCGCACACGCGCUCAGGGAAAAAGAAACCACCUUUUGAGCCUCAACCGGAAUUGAAAUUCUGUAUGGAGUCCUUGUCUACACAGGGAAGUCACAGGAAUUGAAGUCUGAAUACCGAAUACCUUCAGGAAGACCUGAUUUAAUUACUGGAAGAGACAAAAGAUGAUGGCAAGAAUGAGGGAGAGUGGCUUCCAGAGAAAGGUCUAGCUCUGUCACCAUUGACCUGUAGAGAAGACCCAAAAGCCUCUCCUCAAACUAAAUUAUUUCCGUCACCAUAUUUGCAUGGCACUGCAAAGAUUUUCUUCACAGUUCUGCAAUGCUUUGUUUGAGUCUUUGGCAGAAUAACAUAUUUCAUUUUCCUUGUCCUGUAAAUGUUCAAACAUUAAACCAUUAACCAUGGUUAAUUUGGAAAUAAAUUAACUUGUUAUUGAGAGACAUGCAACUUAUAUUGCAACUUUGCAAGCAUGUAUUUACACAUAUAGCGCCAUGAAAAAGUGUUUGCCCCCUUCCUGAUUUCUUCUAUUAUUGCAUAUUUGUCACUGAAUCUUCAGAAUGGAAAUGAGGGGACAAAUACUUUUUCACAGCACUGUAUUAGAAUCCAAGUAAUAUACAGUGUGCUCCAGAAUGAUUGGCACCCUCAAUAAAAAGAAUGUAACAUUAAAAAAAAAAAAAAAGUCUGCAUAUGAAUGCAGUUAAGCAGCUUUUAAUUAAGAAUCAGUAAAUUAACUUGAAGUAGCCUAUAUAUCUAAAAUUGCUCGUCUGGUCUGAAAAAAGUCAUCUUGCAGCUAGGGCGCUACAAUCAGAUUGCGACAAAUCAGAUCUGCAGACCUACCUACUGUAGUAGUUUACUUCACAGCUAAUUCUACCCAUUAAUGUAAUUUAGCAGGCGGUCGUAUCUAGAGUCUUACAAUGCAAGUACAAUGUACAAUAUAGGUUGCUGUGGAUAUGGCUGGCCAAUGAAUUUUGCUUGAAAAGAGCAAUACAGUGCUGACAACA